CCAGCUACUGCCGUCUACUCGAGCUCCUUCGCCCGUGGAAAUGCGAUAAUGCCCCCGGAGCUUGACGAUGUCGGCGGCCAUCUCCAGCAUCGUGGCUUCUUGGAGGUCAGGACUAGAGUUCCACCCAUGCACCUUUGAGCUUUUUUUCCUUUGGACAUGGCAGAUAGAUACUUGAACAUGAACAUCGGCUUUGAUAUAAAGGCGGGCAAGCUGGCUGUUCGUCUCCUGCACUGUCAACAUUCGCAGUUCAAGUUUGGCGAUACCUCCUACAUAAACAAAUACAAUAUCGUAAAGAUCCCCGCAUCCAACACUCCCAUAGCCGACACACGCUCGCGCAGACUUACCCUUCCCUACCCUAAUCAGCAGUGGCGCACUCGACUAUCUUCCGAUAUCUCGACUACUCCAGAUACACGUCUGUUUGCCAUCUCAACAUCGUUUAGCACCGCCAGCCAUCGACCCGUUCCUUAUCAGUGACACGAGAAAUCUACAAAGCCGCCGAGUCUGACAUUGGUGCAUCAACAUUGGAACAAUUCAAAACCCCCCUCAGGUUCCACCAAACCCUUACAAAAGUGAAUUCGCGAAACCCUCUAUUUUCCACAAUGUCGGAAGCAGACCGCAUUGGCCCCGACCAUGGCCCCAAACGCAGCUUUGGGGACAAUGCUCGUCGUGCACUCAAAGCAUUCACAACCAAAGAGGGUCUAAUUGGAACUUAUGAUUAUGCCUUCCUUUUCAAGCCAAACCUCCCGUUCAUGAAGAAGGAUCGAAGGGCUGCACCUUUCUUUGGAUUGCACGAUCGUAUGCCCGUGUUUCUCGCUCUGCUCCUCGGUUUCCAACAUGCCCUCGCCAUGCUUGCGGGUGUCAUUACACCGCCCAUCAUCCUCGCCAAUGCCGCCCAUCUCGCUCCCAAUGUGCAGCAGUACCUGGUCUCCACGUCCUUGAUUGUCUGCGGCAUUCUGUCUUCCAUUCAGAUCACUCGCUUCCAUAUCUACAAGACGCCUUACUACAUCGGCACAGGCUUGAUCUCGGUUGUUGGCACUUCCUUUGCAACGAUCCCCGUAGCCACUGGAGCCUUGUCACAGAUGUACAGCACAGGGUUCUGCCCGUCUGAUGCAAAUGGCAAUCCACUGCCCUGCCCAGACGGUUAUGGCGCAAUCAUUGGGACGGCAUGCGUUUGCGCCCUGCUCGAAAUCCUCAUGUCCUUUACGUCACCCAGACUGCUCAAGCGCAUCUUCCCUCCUCUUGUCACUGGUCCAACCGUGUUACUCAUUGGCGUGAAGUUGAUCCAAACUGGGCUUCAGAACUGGGCUGGCGGAAGCGGAGACUGCAAGACAAGACCAGCUUCUGGACUUUUCCAACUGUGCCCCAACAUCAACGCUCCUCGCCCAUUACCUUGGGGAAGCGCUGAGUUCAUUGGCCUUGGCUUCUCCGUCUUCAUCACCAUCAUCAUCUGCGAACGUUUUGGCGCCCCAAUCAUGAAAUCUACGGCUGUAGUAAUCGGUCUGCUAGUGGGAUGUAUUAUUGCUGGAGCAACUGGCUACUUCGAUCGAACCUCCAUUGACAGCUCUCCAGCUGCGUCUUUUAUCUGGGUACACACCUUCAAGCUCAGCGUCUAUGGGCCUAUAGUGUUACCUCUACUGGCCGUCUAUAUGGUUCUAGCCAUGGAAGCUAUCGGCGAUAUUACGGCCACAUGCGAUGUAUCUCGUCUCGAAGUAGAUGGCGAACUCUUUGACAGUCGCAUCCAGGGAGGCGUGCUAGCCGACGGUCUCAACGGUAUCCUCGCAGCCCUGUGCACCAUCACCCCCAUGUCCACCUUUGCCCAAAACAAUGGUGUCAUUGCGCUCACGCGCUGCGCGAACCGCAAAGCUGGCUACGCCUGCUGCUUCUGGCUCAUCAUCAUGGGCAUCUUCGCAAAGUUCGCUGCUGCCCUUGUCGCGAUCCCCGGCGCUGUCCUCGGCGGCAUGACUACGUUUCUCUUCUCUGCUGUCACCGUCUCGGGUAUCCGCAUCAUCAGCACCACGCCCUUCACCCGUCGUAACCGCUUCAUCUUGACCGCUGGCUUCACGCUCGGCUUUGGCGCUACCAUGGUUCCGGAUUGGUUCUCGUAUGUCUUCACUUAUGACGGACCGAACCGCGCUCUGCUGGGCUUCUUCAACGCUAUUGAGCUCAUCAUGGAGACGGGCUUUGCUCUCGUCGCUCUUGUCACUGUCAUCUUGAACCUUGUGCUUCCUGAGGAGAUUGAGGACGAGGAGACUACCGAGCUCACAGCUGCCAGCAACGACGCGGAGGCAGUCAAGGAUGUCGAUGAUGAUGAGGAGUGGAGUCGUGCUCAGGGCAAGAAGCUCAGCGAUGAAGAGCACCAAGCUGGACGGGUGACUACUGGAGAAAUCAAAGAGGUUCGCUGA